UGAGGGAAUUCCAAUAUUUCGGCAGCUAUCGAUGGUCUCUAGGCUGAGGUACGGCUGCUCCGACGCGCAAAGGUAUCGCUCUCGUCCUACUAUACUGACUUAUAGGGACGCUAUCUUGCGCGUGAAGCACCCUUUCCCGUUGCUCCUUCCCCGAUGUCCCUCUUUCGCGCUCGUUGCUCGUUCCGCCCAUCCGUCCUCCGUCCCAACUCAUCCCUCGCCGCCGCCGCCGUCGCCUCUUCGCCAUCGAAGCCAGCCCGACCUGCCCUCAAGCAACGCCACCCCGCCGUCGAAGCCCCGUCCAAGUUACUCACGGUCCAUCGGGAAUCGACGGUCGCCGAAUGGACGCGAAGGGGGUGGGGAAUCGAAUUCCCCUGCCUCAUGUCGGGCUCGGAAACCCCCCGCGGCUUCGCAGAUGCCAUUCCUGGACGCCUUCCCCCGGCCUGCGCCGGCGCGCGAUCGCGUAUGCAACGUCGCCAGAUAGGAUACCGAGGAGAGCGCGGCGCCGCGGAAAUUGCGCUGGCGCGAUAUAGGGAUCGACCACGGAACUUCCGCUCCCUCUCGUCCUUCGGCU